AUUAAAUUAGAUAUUUCAAAAAACAAACAGAGACCACUUUUCUCCCCCUUCUUCCACUGGACAACCACCCUCCUCCUCCUCCAACACCACCAGAACAACACACCGUUUCUCUCUGUCUCCGCCUCUUUCUGUUAAUUUCGAACUAGAAGAAAAUAGCAUGGGGAACUGUAACACCUGCGUAAGACCAGACACCUCACCAGAAGACACCAAAACACACCAAACCAAAACCAAGAAACCAAAAAAGUCAAAUCCUUACUCAGAAGACUUCCCCCACCACCAAGCCACCACCAACAACCGAUCCUCACCUGCUCCGAUCCGGGUUCUAAAAGACUCAUCUGUCCCACUUAGCCACCGCCCACGAAUCUCCGACAAGUACAUACUCGGCCGUGAACUGGGCCGUGGAGAAUUCGGCAUCACAUAUCUGUGUACGGACAGAGAGAAUAAAGAAGCAUUAGCAUGCAAGUCAAUUUCGAAGAGGAAAUUGCGGACCGCUGUGGACAUAGAGGAUGUCAGGAGAGAAGUGGCAAUCAUGUCUACUUUGCCUGAGCAUCCAAAUAUUGUCAAAUUGAAAGCUACUUAUGAGGAUUAUGAAAAUGUGCAUUUGGUUAUGGAGUUGUGUGAAGGAGGUGAGCUUUUUGAUAGGAUAGUGGCUAGAGGGCAUUAUAGUGAGAGAGCUGCGGCGCAUGUUGCCAGAACCGUUGCUGAAGUUGUUAGGAUGUGUCAUGCUAACGGGGUUAUGCAUAGAGAUUUGAAGCCUGAGAACUUUUUGUUUGCUAAUAAGAAGGAGAAUUCUGCUCUUAAGGCUAUUGAUUUUGGCUUGUCGGUGUUCUUUAAGCCAGAGGAGAGGUUUUCAGAGAUAGUGGGGAGUCCAUAUUAUAUGGCACCAGAAGUGUUGAAGAGGAAUUAUGGACCGGAGGUUGAUGUGUGGAGUGCCGGAGUUAUUCUUUAUAUUUUGUUAUGUGGGGUUCCUCCAUUUUGGGCAGAGACCGAGCAGGGUGUUGCUCUUGCGAUUUUGAGAGGGGUGAUUGAUUUUAAGAGGGAACCUUGGCCCCAAAUUUCAGAGAGUGCUAAAAGUCUUGUUCGUCAGAUGUUGGAGCCAGAUCCGAGAAAGCGCUUAAAUGCUCAACAGGUUCUUGAACAUCCCUGGUUACAAAAUGCAAAGAAAGCCCCAAAUGUCCCAUUAGGAGAUAUUGUAAGGUCAAGGCUCAAGCAGUUCUCUGUGAUGAAUAGAUUUAAGAAGAAAGCAUUGCGGGUAAUUGCAGAGCACCUAACUGUUGAAGAGGUUGAAGUAAUCAGAGAUAUGUUUGCAUUGAUGGAUACUGACAAUGAUGGUAAAGUAACAUAUGAGGAACUGAGAACUGGUCUUCGGAAGGUUGGUUCACAGUUGGCCGAACCAGAGAUAAAGAUGCUGAUGGAAGUGGCGGAUGUUGAUGGGAAUGGAGUAUUGGACUAUGGAGAGUUUGUGGCAGUCACAAUUCACUUGCAGAAGAUGGAAAAUGAUGAGCAUUUUCGCAGGGCAUUCAUGUUUUUCGAUACAGAUGGUAGUGGAUAUAUUGAAUUAGAUGAGUUACGAGGGGCAUUAGCAGAUGAAUAUGGGGAAACUGAUAAUGAUGUGCUGAAUGACAUCAUGCGUGAAGUCGACACUGACAAGGAUGGUUGUAUCAGUUAUGAGGAGUUUGUUGCAAUGAUGAAAGCUGGAACUGAUUGGAGAAAGGCAUCUCGACAGUAUUCAAGGGAGAGGUUCAAGAGUUUGAGCCUUAACCUGAUGAAGGAUGGUUCAUUGCAUCUCCACGAUGCGUUCACCGGUCAAUCUGUUGCUGUCUAAAUUAUUGAGUUCGUCAUAUGUUCUGCUUGUGCUCACUAAUGUUUCUGUCCUAUCAUUGAUAUAUUCAAUAUUUGAAGAAUCCGGAUUUUGUGUCACAAAAUGCAAGUAAUACAUUCCACAUUCAAGAGACAUAAAUGGAUAUUGCUGGGAUCAGGAUUACAGAUUGAGAUGGCAUUAGGCUGCAAGAAGCAUGCAUAGGAGGUACAGUUCGUUGGCUUACAGUUGUCGGAUUAUGGUGGCAAGGCAAUCUCGGUUUCCAAAUUAAUUUCAUAUUUUUUCUUGUACAUCUUCUGGGUUCUUGGUGUUAAAUAUUUUCUUUUUUCUUCCUGUGCUUUCCUGACUCUAUGCAGAUAUCCAUUCGAGUUUGUAUUUGCAA